AUGUCCUACCAGUACACCGUGACUGAGCGCAGGCGAAGGACGGCAACCAGCAAGUCCUCGAGCAACAGGUCUACAUUUGGCUUCUGGGUGCCAUUGGUCCUUACCGUUACAGCAGCCACUAUCGGCAUUGCUGCAUGGGUAUGGAGUGAACGGCGCGAUGACGAAGAGGAAUCGAGUGAUGAGGAACAUUAUCCUGGUGGUGUUCCACCUCCUGGCUAUGCCAGCAUGAGCGGCGCACUCCCUGCUCAACCAAUGCAGCCACCGCCAGGUGGAUUCCCGCCGCAAGGGUCGAUGAUGCCUGGUCCGCCGCAGCCCGGAGGACUUCAAGGACCUCCUCCGCCCGGGGGGUUUCAGGGCCCACCGCCAACCGGUUUCCCAGAUGACGGAGGACAGUGGCGUUCCGCCCGCUCCACUGCUGUAGAGCGACAAGAGGAGACUGGUUUGGUCGCAAGAAUGUCGAGCGCACUUGGAUUCGGCCGUUCAGCUACCCCGCCCAAUGACCAGACACAAGGCGCCAAUCAAUCCUACGACUGGGCGAACAAGCCAUUUUCAUCCGGAGUUGCUGCAGCAGGCGCAAUGUUCAGUACGGCCAUCAAUUCACUUAGUGGAGGAGAUAGAGAGGCGUUUGAGGAUCAGGAACGAUGGAGCGAGGAAGCUGAACAGCGCGACAACGACCGAGACAUAAAGCACGGGAUACGAAGGCGGGGCACGGCGGAUGAAUUCUUUUCUGGAAAUGUCGAUAUGCCUAAAACGGCGUCAAUUUCUAGCCGCAAGCAAAAGACGGUCGCUAUUGUGGUCUCUGCUGUUGGACUCGAAGCCGAUGGUGAGACGGACGUCGGCCAGCAUGCAUCGAUACUCGCACAUCUCCCAGAAUACAUCGACCCGGAUUUAACCCGUGUGUUUGUUCUCAUCUAUGCGCCAGAUUUGAAAACACAUCCACUCAGUCCGGUGGCCGCAAGGAGGCCUUCACAAUCCAUGACGUCGUCCUUCUCCAAUAUCAGCCAGACGGAUGCUCAUACACCUGCCCAGACACCAGGAGAUUUCCCCUCUGGAACAGACGAAGGAAUUUUGUCCCACGUGGAGCCCAACCCCAUCGACGACUCAUCGUCCCUCUACAAAACCCUCUACAACCAGGCCAUGGCAAUUGUGGAUAGGGAUAACAUGAUCCUACCAUACACUACUCCGAACGGGCACAAGCACAUCCUGCGAAGCCUUGCCCCUGAAGUGGUAUACAUCCAAGAAUCGCUCUGUGGCCGGGACGGCGAGAUUGUAUCUGAUCUCUCCGGCUGGGUCCGUCAGACUGUCGUCGUCAUUGGAGAUGAGGGCGGCCAUGGCGGUCUCAUCGACACGGAUGACGAGUCUGUAACCAAAAAGCCAGAGACCUGGUGGCAGAAAGAGGAACGGACUGGGUUGGGCAAGCGUGUUGCCGUAGUGGAGAGUUUGAAAAUUGGGGAAGACUGGCAGAGACGGGUCAACGACCAAGACUGA